AUGGUACAGACGCAAUUCUGUAAGAAGGUCAAGUUCGUGCGACACGACGGAGCUCGCGAGUUUGCAACCAACUCGCUUCAACUGUUCUACGAAGACGAAGGCAUUGAACAGCAGACAACGGUGCCGUAUGCACAUCAAACAAACGGAACAGCAGAGCGUGCCAUUAGGACUAUUGUCACGAUCGGUGUUGCAUGCUAG